AUGACAUCUAACCCCAUCGUGGUCCACGGAAGGAAGAGCCACAACCCAAACACCCUUGAAUCAACAAUCAUGUCUCGAAAGGGUCUUAUCCGAGAUGUCAUCAUCACACCUGUGGCAUUCCAUGAUAUGCCCCUGUUGAAUAGUGUUGGUGUACACGAACCGUUUGCGCUACGCAGCAUCAUCGAAAUUGUCUCAGAUGAUGUCUAUGGGCUGGGUGAAUCUUACGGCGAUUCAACCCACCUUGGCCGCCUGCAACUGGCAGCCGAUCAAAUCAAGUCCAAGAACCUCUCAGUUUACGACACAAAUACAAUUUACCAAAUAUGCACCGACUGUCUCAAAGGUGACACCACCACUGGGGGCGACGGAAUGGCUGGCAUGGUGACCACAGCUUCCGUUGCCGAUAAGGUCUUCUCUCCUUUCGAGGUUGCAUGUCUGGACAUCCAGGGCAAGCUGGCGGGCGUCCCCGUAAGCGAACUGCUUGGUGGCCGCGUUAGAGAUAACGUUCAGUACUCGGCAUACUUGUUCUACAAGUGGGCCGGGCACCCUGGAGAUGCAGAUGACGAGUACGGCGCUGCAUUGGACCCUGAGGGUCUAGUGAAGCAGGCUCAAAAGAUCAUCGAUGAGUUCGGGUUCAAAGCUAUCAAACUAAAGGGCGGUGUGUUUCCUCCAGCUCAAGAGGUCGAGGCAAUCAAGGCCCUACAUGCAGCCUUCCCCGGCGUGCCCCUGCGGCUAGAUCCAAAUGCCGCUUGGACAGUCGAGACGUCCAAAUGGGUUGCUAAGGAGCUUGAUGGUAUCGUGGAGUAUUUGGAGGAUCCAGCCCCAGAAAUUGAAGGUAUGGCCGCCGUGGCCAAAGAAGCUUCGAUGCCCCUGGCUACGAAUAUGGCGGUAGUCGCCUUCGCUCACCUCCCUCCCUCCAUCCUGCAGAAUGCCGUCCAGGUGAUUCUUUCCGACCAUCAUUUCUGGGGCGGCUUGCGCAGGUCCCAAACCCUGGCUGCUAUUUGCGCGACCUGGGGCAUGCGCCUGUCCAUGCACUCCAACAGCCAUCUUGGUAUUUCGCUGGCCGCCAUGACUCAUCUGGCUUCGGCAACGCCUAAUCUCGACUAUGCUUGCGAUACUCACUGGCCGUGGAAGCCCCGCGACGAAGAUGUUGUGGUAGACGGUGCGCUGAAGUGGAGGGAUGGUGGACUGGACGUUCCCACCGCCCCCGGCUUAGGAAUUGAGCUUGACAGAGAGAAGCUGCAACGUCUUCAUCAACAGUAUCUCGACUGUGGGUUGCGCAAGCGAGAUGAUACUACUUAUAUGAGAAAAUUUCAACCGGACUUCUCCCCGGAGAUACCCAAGUGGUAA